GGGAAAAUGAAGAUGUGGAUGUAUUCAGUGUCCCGGUCAGACUGCUGAGCUGCAGCAGAACUCCCUCUAGGAGGAGACAGAGCGAUUAGGCUGAUUCCACGGGGAAAGAGGUGGUUAAAGGUGAGGGGGGUGGAGACCUGAGGGAAUUACAGACUGAGUAGUGGACUGCAAAAAAAGGGAGGUGAUUAUUCCUAAGAGGGAAAGAAGAGAACAGAGAGGAGAAGAAAGAAGACAGAGAUAGUGACAACCCUAAUUGUUGCCUUUAGGACACUUUGCCUCUACUUUUGCGAUUAUUAGGACUCUACGUGUGCAAGUAAGCCACAGAUGGAAAGGAGCACCUGCUUUGGAUAUACGCUUGCACGCUCGUUUCACAUCUGAGCAGCUUGCAGCCUUGGCCAUCACAGACAGAGAAUGGGAUUUUUUUACGUCUCUCUGUCCCUUCUCUUUCUCACACACUCUCCUGCGGGAGCCCAGUGGUGGAGUUUGCUCUGGGCGAACCCCAAAACCACCACAGUUCCUCCUGCUGCCGUCACCUUGAAGUCCAUCACCUCUCCGGAGCUUUCUGGUACCCAGACUGCAGCAUCAGAGCGACUGAGAAAAGAGAACAAGGAGGCAGAGGGAGUGGCGGCAGACACUCAGGUGAAAGUGUCCGUGCUGGAUGCUGUUGCCCGCAGCUCGGAGGGGUUAGUCUCUGGUGACAAAAGUGCUCAGCUCCGGAUGCUACAUGUGGAAGAUGUUCCAGGGGGAGGCAGCAAACCCAGGCACUACACUAAACCACUGAAAUACUGGAAGGGUGAGCGAGGAUCCAGGAACUUCCUGGACCUGACGGAGUUGGUUGGUGUCCCACUCCCUCCCUCGGUCUCCUUCACCACCGGCCACGAGGGUUUUCCCGCAUACAACUUCGGACCCGAAGCCAACAUCGGCCGACUGGCUCAAACCUUUGUGCCCGAGCCAUUCUACAGAGACUUUGCUAUCAUAGUGACGGUGCGUCCAGCCAGCAAGAGAGGAGGUGUGCUGUUUGCCAUCACGGAUGCAGGUCAGAAAGUGGUGGAGCUGGGUUUGGAGCUCACUCCGGUUCAUCGGGGCCUCCAGAGCAUCCUGCUGUACUACACCGACAAGGAGGGCUCCUCCCACAGUCACAAAGCUGCUGCCUUCAGUGUCCCAGACAUGACCGACCAGUGGACACGCUUCACAGUAGGAGUAGAGAAUAAUGAGGUGCAUCUCUUCAUGGACUGUGGAGAGGCUGAGAGGAAGACCUUCCACCGGAGCCCAGAAAAACUCACCUUCUCACAGAACUCGGGCAUCUUUGUGGGAAAUGCAGGAAGCACAGGACUUGAAAAGUUUGAGGGUUCUAUUCAGCAGCUGGUGAUAAGAGACGACCCUCGAGCAGCUGAGGAGCAGUGUGAAGACGAUGAUCCCUAUGCGUCAGGAUAUUCCAGUGGAGACGAUGCUUUAGAUGACAGAGAAACAGAGGAAGACUCCAUGAAGAAGGGAGGAAGAUCUGAGACAACAAGGAUGGAAAACAGACAUCCUAUUCGAGCACCACCAACCCAGGCCCCCCAUGUGGAUACGUAUUUUGGUCAUGUGACUCCAGCAAUAACCAAUGAGGAGGUGCUGACAACAGCUCGAUCUCAGGCGAGAGAAGCAGGAGAACGAUCAAGAGAUAGUCAUGUCAGAGUGGGGCUAAAAGGAGAUCGUGGUGAUCCAGGACCACCUGGUCCACCUGGUCCCCCCGGGCCUUUGCUUGUGCUUGACAAGAACCAGCUGGAAUCACCUGAUCUGCAAGGCCCACCAGGAAUCCCUGGAGCGCGAGGACGAGAUGGUCAAAAGGGGCGCAAAGGUGAUAAAGGGGACAUGGGUCAGAAAGGAUCUCAGGGGCUUUCAGGUUUGAAUGGAGAAGAUGGAGCUAAAGGAGAGAAGGGCGAUCCAGCAGUUGGUCUACCAGGCCCCCCCGGCCCACCAGGGCCCCCCGGACCUCCCAGAUCCCGCAGUGUACCUUACGGACCGGAUGCGUUGGGUUCUGGGUUUGAAGACCUGGACACAGAUAAUGACUUCAUCAGGGGACCUCCUGGUCCACCAGGGCCUCCAGGACCUCCUGGUCCCCCUGGACAACAUAAAGGAGCAGAAUUAUCUCCUCACCAUGCUGGACCACCUGGGAGAAAUGGACUGAACGGAGAGCCGGGUCCUCCAGGAAGAGACGGGACUCCAGGUCUGCAAGGAGCUGUCGGAGAGAAGGGUGACCGAGGGUUGCCUGGACUACCUGGACCAAAGGGGGAAUGUGGAUCUGUGGGUGAAAUAGGAAUUCCGGGGCCACAAGGACCAACUGGUCCUCAAGGAAGGAGGGGUCCUCCAGGUCCACCGGGACCCCCUGGCCCAUCCGGACCUCCAGGAACCAAAUUCUUUGUAGAGGAUAUGGAAGGAUCUGGAAAAAGUGACUCACUUUUUGGAGCGGGAGUCAGAGGGCUUCAGGGUCCUCCAGGCCCACCUGGACCACCGGGAGAGGAUGGAGCCCCAGGAGAGCCAGGAAACUCCACCAAAGGUGAACCAGGCAGUCCAGGACCAGAGGGCCGCCAGGGUCCCGCUGGCCUACCAGGCGCCAGAGGACCCAAAGGAGACAAAGGAAGUCCAGGCAGCAAGGGCGAUCCAGGGGCCGAUGGACUCAGUCUAUCAGGGCCACCGGGGCCUCCCGGACCUCCUGGACCAGCUGUUAGUUUUCAGGAUAUACUGCUGAACGCUACAGAAGCUAUCUUUAACCUCUCAGAGAUCAGAGGACCUCCAGGGCCAAUGGGCCCUGAAGGUCUGCCUGGCAGAGCUGGAUUUCCAGGCCCUCGAGGACCAAAGGGAGACAAAGGUCCUGAUGGUCUCCAGGGUCCCUCAGGGGUCAAGGGAGAAAAAGGAGAGCCAGGAGUGACCAUAGCUGCAGAUGGAUCUAUUCUAUCUGCACCCAGAGGCCCUCAGGGGCCAAAAGGCCCAAAGGGUGAUCGCGGUUCACCAGGACCUGCUGGACUCAUGGGACCAACUGGACCUCCUGGUCCAAAAGGAGGAAUUGGCCUUCCUGGGCGUCCAGGUCGACCCGGUAUACUUGGGGAAAAAGGUGAAAAAGGUGAUUCUGAAGGACUUCUGGGACCCCCUGGCCCUCCAGGACCACCCGGACCUCCUGGACUUCCAGGCAGAGUUUUUGGGCUCAAUGGGACCGUGUUCCCGGUGCGCCCCAGACCGCACUGCAAAAAGGGACGAGAGUCAGAGAUAUUGGGAGGUUCAACGAGACUGAAAGGAGAGAAAGGAGAUGAAGGAGCGCCCGGUGAGCCGGGGACGUCCACCCCCAGAUUACCUGAUGGAAUCACGGGAGACAAGGGGGAUCAAGGGUAUAAAGGUGAGAAGGGUGACCCGGGUCCUCCUGGUCCUCCAGGGCAACCAGGAAGGUCAGGACUUGUGGGUCCAAAAGGGGACUCUGUUGUUGGACCUCAAGGCCCAGCAGGUUCCCCUGGUUUGCCUGGAGCUCCUGGGAUUGGACGACCUGGACCACGAGGUUCUCCUGGCCCUGCAGGGCCUCCAGGUCCAGCAGCUGCCUAUGACUCAACUGGCAUCAGUGUCCCAGGCCCUCCUGGUCCCCCCGGUCCACCAGGAACUCCGGGUUACGCCAGCCCGGUGGCAAUCUAUGAGACAGUCGUUGCUCUCACCAGAGAGACCCACCGCGCCGCAGAGGGAACCUUGGCGUACGUGUCUGAGAGGAACGGCGAGCUGUACAUCAGAGCACGCAACGGCUGGCGCAAGAUCCCGCUGGGAGAGCUGAUCCACUAUGGACCCUCGUCAUCAGAGUCGUCUCAGGCCCUCAGCAGAUCUGGAGAUUGGAGUGGAGCUCUCAGGGUCCACAGCCAGGAGCUGCAGGAUGGCACCAGAGGAUAUCAGCCCAGCUACAAUGUCUUCCCACAGAUUAUCAACUCUGUUCCUGGGCUUCACCUGGUAGCCCUGAACGCUCCCCUUAAAGGGGACAUGCGCGGCAUUCGCGGGGCAGACUUCCAGUGCUACCAGCAGGCGCGCUCCAUGGGGCACACCUCCACCUACAGAGCCUUCCUGUCCUCACACCUCCAGGAUCUGGCAACCAUUGUGAGGAAGGCAGACCGCCACGAUCUACCCGUGGUCAACCUGAAGGGGGAAGUGUUGUUCAGCAGCUGGAUGUCAAUCUUCUCUGGCAACGGGGGUGUCUUUGAGCCAUCCGCGUCCAUCUACUCAUUCGAUGGACGUAAUGUGAUGACUGACUCAGCAUGGCCAGAGAAGAUGGUGUGGCACGGCUCCAACACCGUAGGCACUCGUCUGACCACCAACUACUGCGAGGCGUGGAGGACGGCCGACAUGGCGGUGACGGGCCAGGCUGCUCUGCUGCAGACGGGUCGACUGCUGGGGCAGCACGCCCGCUCCUGCUCCAACCACUACAUCGUGCUGUGCAUAGAGAACACAUACGUGGAGAACACACAUCGAAGGAGGACCUGAUGACUUAAAAAACAGAAAAACACACAUGCAGGCAUGUUGAAAGCGAGGCAGGAGCAGAACAGGCACAUACGUAGAUGGAAACCCUCACCUUAAAAUGUAGGAGAAAAUGAACAAUGCACACACAUUUAGUUUCUUUUUUUUUCUUCUGUUGCUUUUGUGUUUAGUUUUUUCUUUUGGGUUUCGUAAAGAUUGCAACAGCUUAAGAUUUAUUUUCCAUUUCUAGAACGAUUUUACAAGCAGCCAAAUUAUUUCUAAAAAUAAAGUUAGCGCCAAGGUGCAAAAGUUCAAAAAUCUGGAGAUCAAUAAAACAUUUAAGCACAAAUAACUUUAAGUGCCCAUUUCAUAUUUCUUAUUUAGAUUAAAAAACAACUUUUUAAUCAUUUUAAUUUGAAAUCCAGCCUGAUCAGUCGUAUUUAGGGGUUUCUGCUGCCUAAAUAUUGAGUGGAGAUUCACAUUUUUUGCUGAAAAACUUUAUUAACACACAUGUGUCAUAACACUAGAUAUAGAUUUAAAAUCAAAGUGUACGUUCAUUAAUUUAUAUACCAGGAUCUAGAAUAAAAACAUAGCGAGUCCACACUCUGUCUUAUGGGUCAUAACAUGUUUAUUUCUGUUUCUGGAACUUUUUUGUUGUCGUGCAGAAUUAGAUGGUUUUCAAGCACAGUUAGAGAAAAAAGAGGAGGCUUUGGGCUCCGCACACUUUGAUAGAACUGUUUUGGCUGUAAAGUUUGUUAGCUUUUAUGAUCUUUUUGUUGAAAAAAAAACUUGACUUUUUUGAGAAAAAGAAGUUCUGUACUGACUUGGUGCUCACUAAAUAAAGAGUCUCAUUUUGUGUGUUUUUUUUAAUAA